UUUCACAAUAUUUUACUGUACCUAGGUGUAUAUAUAUCCAACUAACAACUAGCAAAUUAUAUCAGUCUCAAACUGUUAAAUAAAUUGAAGUCUUCAAUAUAGUCGUAUCUAUAUUGCUGCAUCAAAAUGAUGUUCACAAAUUUACUGUCGUUUUUUCUAAUAGGUUCUUGUAGUAUUUAUACAGUAAUUGCUUAUGGUAACGUAAAUUACGAUAAUGCAGAACCACUCAACUUUUAUGAUAUCUUGGAAAACUUCAAUAACAACUUAUACAAGAAUGCAGCGUCAAAAGGAUCCAUACAAAAUGUUUUAUUAUCUCCUUUGAGUAUAAAUAUACUCUUAGCUAUACUUGCCGUUGGAGCUGGAGGAAGAACUAGAUCUCAAAUAGUCACAGCUAUCAAUCAGCCAUCCCAGUCGGGCGCACAAAUUUUAAAUAAUUAUAAGUUGAUUAUGGAAAACUGGAUGAAUGUCACAGAUGCAGAAUUACAAAUUUCUAACGCAAUAUUCGUCAGUCAUAGUCUAAGACUUAAGGAAUCAUUUAGAUACGAAUUAUUUAAUUACUUUAAAGCACAUGAAUUUUUAGCGAAUUUUGGAACUCCAACAGCAACAGCAAAUGCGAUUAAUGGAUGGAUUUCGAGACAAACAAAUAACAAAAUCAACAAUAUAUUAUCACCAAAUGAUAUAGAUGUAGCAUCUACUAAAAUGGUCCUCACUAAUGCCAUUCACUUUAAAGGUGAAUGGAAGAAUAAGUUCAACGUUGUUACUAAUUUGUUCUUUUAUGGCUAUAAUCAUCAAACUACUAACGUACCUACUAUGAUUCAAAUAGCUGAAUAUAGAUUUGUACAUGUUCCUGCAAUAAAAGCUAAAUUCAUAGAAUUGCCAUAUAAGGGUGACGAACUUAGUAUGCUUAUCGUGCUUCCUGAUGAAAUGUAUGGUUUGGACGAUGUUGAAAGUAUUUUAGAGAGAGUAAACCUUAGAGUCCUCAGAAAAUCUCUAUCGCUUAUUAAAGUUAAAUUGAAUUUGCCUAAAUUUCGGGUUGAAGCUACCACUGACUUGUAUGAUGCUUUACAUAAGAUGGGUAUAAAUGAUUUGUUUAUGGAUGUCGCAAACUUCACUCGCAUUACAGAUGACAUAAUUGGUGGGUGUAAAAUUAUGCAUAAAACUUUUAUUGAAGUCAAUGAGAAUGGUGCUGAAGCUGAUGCAGCUUCAGCUUCAGUUUUCAGCUACAGAAUGAUGAGACCCGAUUCUCCUGAAUUUAAUGCUAAUCAUCCGUUUCAUUAUAAAAUUAUUAAAUCAAUUGAUGAAAAUAAUCAUGUUGUAUUGUUUGCUGGUAACGUCAAACAUAUACAGUAAUUUAUAACAUACAAAUUAUGGAGUUACAUGAGUUUGCAAGGCCAAAAUACACACAUUAGAAGAAAAUUCUAAAUUUAAGAAUAUCUUGUAAGCGCCUAUUUAACCCUCGGAGCACAUACUGGGUCACACAGGCCCUGUCAUUAAUUUCAAUGAAGUGUAAUUUGAAAAGUCGGCAAUACAACACGAACCUAAGGCCAUAUAGUGGUAACUAACUAGUAAGGAAUAAUAAGUAACAUGAUAAUCCAAAGAAAAUAAUAAAAUACUAGUAAAUAUGUUAAUAAAAAAGUAUAGUUUUAAAAAGUUGUGUCGAAAAUCACAUUUUUAUCGUCUUAAAAGUUACCUUCGUUAAACUACAAAAUAAAUACCUUUUCUAAAAAAUAAAAUAAGGUUGUAUUUUUUCCCUUAUUCUAACACACUUCGAGAAUAUAAAUCCCAAUUUUUAACUUAAAAUAUUAAAAAUUACAAGAGUUACAUUUUUUUUUAAAUUCAAUUUUUUCUUUUUAAUUAGUUAACUUCACGAAUUUUUUUUCAAUAUGCAAAUAAUUUAAUAAUAUUUCUAAACUGCAUAUUCUUAUUUUACAAGGUUCAAUGAAUAAAAAAAUAUUUUUUUUGUGUUGAUCAGUCUAAUAGUUCAAAAGUGGGGGAGUUUUGUAAAGUAAACAGGGUCACAGCAACCCAGACUGUGCUACUUGUUCGAAAAAAGAGGUGUGUGCUCCGAGGGUUAAAAAUAUUUUUUCAUACAUUUAAUUUUUAAAGUUAGAAAAAAAUACAUAUUGUGUAAUAAUUAUCUGGAUAUUUUUAUAAUGUAACCAUUUAUAAAAGAACAUAAAUUCAAAUUUAAAUGUA